UGGAUCUUCUCUGUCUUCACGGAAACCAACAUAUAAAAGUAUGGCGAUCUUCAGAAUAAGACAAAAGAGCUUCGCGCGCGUCUGGACGUUUCCCGUGAUAGUGGCCGUGGUGUGUGCGCAAAGUGUCAAUGAUCCAAGCAAUAUGUCUCUCGUAAAAGAAACUGUUGAUAGACUAUUGAAAGGAUAUGACAUUCGCUUGAGGCCAGAUUUUGGAGGUCCUCCGGUGGGAGUGGGGAUGAAUAUAGACAUAGCCAGUAUAGACAUGGUAUCAGAAGUAAAUAUGGACUACACACUGACUAUGUAUUUCCAGCAAGCCUGGCGAGAUAAACGGCUGUCCUAUUCGGAGAUUCCUCUUAAUCUGACGCUGGAUAACCGGGUGGCUGAUCAACUGUGGGUGCCGGACACAUACUUCCUGAAUGACAAGAAGUCGUUUGUACAUGGCGUAACAGUGAAGAACAGAAUGAUACGUCUUCAUCCUGAUGGCACUGUGCUCUAUGGACUCAGGAUUACUACCACAGCUGCCUGCAUGAUGGACCUGCGCAGAUACCCACUAGAUGAGCAGAACUGCACACUGGAAAUUGAGAGCUAUGGCUACACCACAGAUGACAUUGAGUUUUACUGGCGAGGCGGCAACCAUGCGGUAACGGGCGUUGAAAGGAUAGAGCUUCCUCAGUUCUCCAUAGUGGACUACAAACUCAUCUCUAAAAAUGUUGUGUUUUCUACAGGUUCAUAUCCUCGCCUCUCCCUGAGCUUCAAGCUUAAGAGAAACAUCGGCUACUUCAUUCUGCAAACCUACAUGCCUUCCAUCCUAAUCACCAUCCUAUCCUGGGUAUCCUUCUGGAUCAACUAUGAUGCCUCGGCUGCCAGGGUCGCUUUAGGCAUAACCACUGUGCUGACCAUGACCACCAUCAACACACAUUUGCGGGAGACUCUUCCAAAGAUUCCGUAUGUCAAAGCCAUUGACAUGUACCUGAUGGGCUGUUUCGUCUUCGUCUUCCUGGCUCUGCUGGAGUAUGCGCUGGUCAACUACAUCUUCUUCGGCAGAGGACCACAGCAACAGAAGAAAGCUGCAGAGAGAGCCUCCAAAGCCAACAAUGAAAAAAUGAGAAUGGAUCCCAACAAAUGGUUGGUGGGAAAUGUAGUUCAGAGAGACGAUGGUCUGUAUGCCAGAAUGAAACAGAGGGAUAUUGACGCACAUGACUCCAUGUGGGAACCGAUCUUUGUGGACGAUGCAGCAUUAGGACUAGGCGAUUCAAAAAAUAAGAUGGACCCCCAUGAAAACAUCCUUCUCACUCCCCUGGAGAUCAAAAAUGAAAUGGGCACAUCAGAGUUAACCCUGGGUUUGGGUGACCCCCGUGCGACCAUGCUAGCCUAUGACAGCACCACACUGCAGUACCGAAAAGCCGGCCUGGCCAGGCACAACUUUGGACGCAAUGCGCUGGAACGCCAUGUUGCUCAGAAGAAGAGUCGACUACGGCGGCGCGCUUCCCAGCUUAAAAUCACCAUCCCUGACUUAACUGAUGUGAAUUCGAUCGACAAAUGGUCGAGGAUGAUCUUCCCCACAGUAUUUUCAUUCUUCAAUGUUGUCUAUUGGCUUUAUUAUGUCAACUAA